UGAGAUUGAAAAACUAAGAAAAAUCAUUGUAACUUAAAAAAAAAAAAAUUCGUUGGCUACACUGUGAAUGAGUGAACAAACGUCAAAUGAUGAAUUCAAAAAGUCACUAAAAAAUCGUUCACUUGUUCACUUGUGGAGUAACAUAUAGCGCUUCAACAGAAGUGCUUUCGUGAUUUUUUCGAAUCUUACUAUGACAUCUCUCAUGAUGGAUUAUGAAUUUAAAAUGAAAACUCAGACGGAGAGGGUAAAAGUAGAAGAUUUAUUCGAUUAUGAGGGCUGUAAAGUUGGAAGAGGAACAUACGGACACGUUUACAAGGGUCGUCGAAAAGAUGGGUCGGAUACUAAAGAUUAUGCUCUUAAACAGAUUGAGGGUACUGGUUUAUCGAUGUCGGCUUGUAGAGAAAUAGCUCUAUUGAGAGAACUGAAACAUUCUAACGUUAUAAAUUUAAUCAGAGUUUUCUUAUCGCACAACGACAGGAAAGUAUGGCUAUUAUUUGACUUUGCCGAACACGACUUGUGGCACAUUAUCAAAUUCCAUCGUGCUGCCAAAGCAAACAAAAAGCCAGUCAUGGUACCUAAAGGAAUGGUGAAAUCUCUGCUCUACCAGAUACUAGAUGGGAUUCAUUAUCUUCACUCAAACUGGGUUCUACACAGAGAUUUGAAACCAGCGAAUAUAUUGGUGAUGGGUGAAGGACCUGAAAGGGGGAGAGUUAAGAUUGCUGAUAUGGGGUUUGCUCGCCUGUUCAAUGCCCCAUUGAAACCCCUGGCGGAUUUAGACCCUGUAGUGGUCACAUUUUGGUACCGUGCUCCAGAAUUAUUGCUAGGCGCUAGGCACUAUACGAAGGCAAUAGAUAUAUGGGCAAUCGGUUGUAUUUUCGCCGAGCUUUUAACUUCGGAACCCAUUUUCCACUGUCGCCAAGAAGAUAUCAAGACCAGCAAUCCCUAUCAUCAUGAUCAGUUGGACAGGAUAUUCAACGUGAUGGGAUUCCCCCAUGAAAAAGACUGGGAAGACAUUAAGAAGAUGCCCGAACAUCCAACAUUGUUGAAAGACUUUAAGAAAACAAGCUACGUCAACUGUUCCUUAAUAAAAUACAUGGAUAGGCACAAAAUAAAACCAGAUAGCAAAGCUUUCCACCUGCUACAAAAGUUGCUCCUGAUGGACCCAAACAAACGCAUAACUUCAGAGCAAGCGAUGCAAGACCCCUAUUUUGCUGAAGAUCCUCUUCCAACACAGGAUGUUUUCGCAGGUUGUCCUAUACCAUACCCUAAGAGAGAGUUUCUGACUGAUGAUGACCAAGAAGAAAAGUCUGAUAACAAAAGACAAAAUCAACAGCAGCAGCAGCAACCUCAGCAGCAACAGCAGCAGCAGCAAACACAGCAGCAACAAGCGAAUCAGCAAGAUAGCCAUAAUCAGGCCAAGAGGGUUCGACUUUCUGGACCACAGGGGCAUCCUGGACAGAUUCCUCUCACUCAGCAACAAGAAUUCCACCAGCAACAGAUGAUGUAUAAUAAUGGCUCACAGCAACAGCAAAACUUCCAGCAAAGGUUUUGAAAUAUUUUUAAGGAGGGAUCAGUUGGGAGUUGCGUGAUCCAGAAAAAUUAUCACUAGAAACUAGGCAUAAAUUCUGUUUCAUUUGUUAUAUUACGUUUUCCACUGUAGACUAAAAAAUAAAAGUUUCGAAAAUAA